AUGACAGUCAAAGGUACUCCGUCGGUGGAUUCGAGCUCCCUCACCAGCCCGGCGGAAGGAGGCUCAUCCUUCUCGACAGCGUUGAGGUACCGCUACCUCACACAAGGACAAGAGAAAGAGUGCGACGAAUGCCAUGUCGAUCCCCACGCCAAGGGCGCCAUGAUGAGCAUCUUUGAGCAUUACAUGAGCAAGCAUUGCAGUGAUGUUCCGCACAUAGAGUUUUGCCGAGCCGUCUGGAACGCGCUGAAAGCGUUGUGCGAGCUCACGCAUCAGUCCCUGGAUGCAAUGCCAAAGCGCUGCCCGGUGGUGCCGCCUCGAACGCUCAAGGUUGCAAACCUGGAUUUCGUCGACAAAAUCGAAGCUCUCCAUCAGAGUCUACAACACUUUCCGGCCGAAACCGCCAGAGCUGCCCCCUCGACGACGAAAACUACCCACACAAGGUCGCCCUCUGACGACACCGCUUGGAAAAGGUUCAGGGUUCUUAGCGAUGCUCUGCGCAAAUUUUCGAAACCGGGCACAGACAAAGACAAGCUCGGAACCAGUCCGUCUACUGACGCUGUCCGCGAAGAGCUGAGGAUUCUGGACGGCGUCCUGCGCGAUUUGCUCACGACUUCGGCGGCCAAGGAACAUCAAGUCCUGUCAACGCUCCAAGAAUUUGCGGAGCUCGUACGAACAUCGAAAGAGGAUGAACGCUUUCGACUCACCUGUACGCAGAGCAGAGAGCUGGUGUUCUCCCGUCCUCCUAAAAUAGCCACAAUAACAGAAUGUAUGGCAGGGUCAACAAGCACUGCCGGAGAAACCCUAAUCGACGGGACGUUUUCCACAAUACGUCACGGCAAGAUAUUAUAUGACACCAAGCCCCGAUCGGCGACUUUGAUUGCAUUGGACCUUUCCCUCAUCGGCCCGAAAGGGACUUCUGUCGACCACGCAGACAUCGAAAUCACUUACAAGGACGAGGCCCGCGGUUCGCAGAGCGAGUUGCAGGCGAGCCAAGUUGUUGAACCGCGUGACCUGUGCGGGCUGGGAAACGGCUGUCUUGUCAUAGACGGCCGCGUAUUUGCCCCCGAAAUGGGUGCCGACGGACAGACACUGAUGAAAAUCUGCUCAGUUGAAGACGGUAAGCAGUUAAUCCAAGACGGAAACGUUUGCUGGAAGGUUCGAGGUAGUACAGUGCAACAUGGUAGGGGCAGUCUUGGAAGGACACACAGAUGGGUUCUGGACAAUGGCGGCGGCGACGACCGGGGAGAUUCCACGAUACCUGACGCAAUCCGGCUCGUCGCCAUCGUUGAACAUGACUUGAAACCCUUCAACAUGGAAGUGCAGAUGAAAAUCCAUGUUCGCGGAUUGUGGAGAAACUCCUUUCGAUAUCGGGCAGAGCUGGCAUCAACUCAGGCUGAGCGGUUCGUUAUCAAGCCGGGCGUGAGUGACGAUAUCUUGACUGAGGAAAUGGCCAAGGACCUGGCUCUGGAGCAGUACAAGCCAUCAGCGGUUUAA